UUUGCUUAGUUUUGAAGCCACGGGCUUCCAUCCAUAUAGCGCCACCCGCCUGUCAUGGCCACUAGCAGUACUAGACAGGAGUGGCAUACGAUAAGAGGCAUAUUUUUCUCGACAUGAAUAACUGACUGUGUCUCCAAAAAAUAGAUGACACAAAGGAAUCCACCAAAAUAGAAACUAGAAAGAUUGCCUGUUCAUGAGAAACAAACUGGCAAACGAGAAUUAUCAAAGGUGAAUUAAGAUCUUGCAGAAUAGGCAAACACAGGCAGAACAGCGGGAGAAGGGGAGGAAGACAGAGAGGCGGAAUGACGAGACCUCCUAACAAUGACAACCUCAUGACAUUUAAGCUCGUCGUCGUUGGCGAUGGAGGUGUCGGAAAGAGUGCUCUCACCAUACAAUUUUUCCAAAAAUUAUUUGUCACCGAUUAUGAUCCUACUAUCGAGGACAGUUAUAUACAACAUACAGAGGUCGAUAAACAAUGGUGCAUUUUGGACGUCUUGGAUACAGCGGGGCAAGAAGAAUUCAGUGCGAUGCGCGAGCAAUACAUGCGAAAAGGGGACGGAUUUUUGCUCGUUUACUCAGUAACGGACAAACAAUCGUACGAGAACAUCGUUAAUUUUUACACUCAAAUUUUGCGAGUCAAGGACAGGGAUGUUUAUCCUAUGCUUCUGGUGGCGAACAAAGUGGAUCUUGUACAUUUGAGAAAAGUUACCGAGGAACAGGGGCGUGAAUUAGCGAGUCGUUUGAGCAUUCCUUACAUCGAAACUUCUGCCAAAGAUCCGCCCUUGAACGUUGACGCAGCGUUUCACGAGGUUGUACGUAUAAUACGAAACCAGCCACCGGCUGAAUUGGAAAAGAAUCGUCGCAAGCGAAGGCGUUCAGGAAAGUGCAAUCUUUUCUAAGAUUCUCAUACCAAUUAGUCCAAAGUUUUUAUGAGGAAAAAAGAAGGAGCAGAGCGUAAACCACGAUAUUUUGGGUUAAGAAAUUUUCUCGCGAUGAUGAUAAACAAAACGAGAAUGAUCCGAAGACGAAAUAAUUCUCGAAAGAAAUUGCAGAGAGACAAGUAUGACAAAUACUGCCAGAGAUACUCUUGAGAUGAAAAUGAGAAACGAAUGGCUCGAAAAAAGUAAACAAGUGACCCGAAGAAAUCGGGCUUCGAUAUUUUUUCGUAAUACAUUGAAGGAGGAUAAAAAAAUGAAUAAUGAUAAGGAAUCGAGUGAAAGUUGUUCGUAGCUGUGAUAAUCGUGAAAUCGUUAAAAUUUCAUUUGCCGAACAUAUUGAUAGCGAAGAUAAAAAACAAAAAAACGUGGGAAAACAAAAAAUUUUCUUCGCGUUCGGUAUUCUCGAUGAGAAAACGCGCGCGCGCGUGCGCGUGCUUUCACACACUGAGACACAAAAAAUAAAAUAAAGUUGAAUCUGAUUACGCUGCACUACACAAUUGAUAAAAGAAAACAAAAAUGGACAUUCUCUCAAAUAUAAAUUUGAACAAAAAUAGUCGAAUUCAUAGCUUUUGUACAGAUUGCGUUCGAGAUCGAAAUGCUUCGCCUAUUAACGAUACUCACAUGUAUCUCUUGUAAUUAACGCCCAAUUAUGACUAUAACGCUACUGAAAAUCUAAUAUUUCAUGAAAUAUUUCACAAUCGCGAGAACACCUCGUAAUCAUCAUCCAAUAUUUUUUUUAGGGCUCAGAUUUUUUAUCAUUUAUAGUAAAUAAAUGGAUAAAAACACUUUUUUUGUUCACAUUUUUACAAUCUGGGUCUGUGGGACUUGGAAAACUUUCGAAUGUGAAACUUUCAACUUUCUCGAGUCCUUUUAAUCCAGAAGUCCACUGUUAGAGUAAAUUGUUGCGAACGAUUUCCACGUUCUCGCGAUUCGCCAAUUUUCACACUCAGACGUGGAAAAAAACCUUCAUUCGAUAUUGUAUCGUAAGGAAUGAGAAUCAAGGUGAAUGAAAUGAGAGAUAAAAGAUCGUCACUUGUAUCAAUCCUGUUCGAAACAUUGAAAAGCAUUUUUUUACCGUUUACGAGGUAUGGAAUUGAAGGGUUUUGAAUUCCAUACAAGUGUCUAUACACGUGAGAGGCUUUUGUGGGCCCUUUAAAUCAUAAAUUUUUGUCAUAAAAUGACUAUAAUGAUUUUUACAGAGAUCGUAAACUCGAUAUUUAUGAAUAUUUAUUAAAAAAGAAUCAUCGAAAUUUAUCAAGAAACGAGCUAUCUCAUAAUUUUUAACAAUGCAAACGAUUUAAUUAGUCUGUUAAAAAAGAUGAAAGAAUACUUUGAACUAUCGUUAUCAUCGAUCUAAACUCUCUCAAUAUUUCUUCUCCAAAACAUACAUAUUUUUUUACUAACAUGUUUUUCAACCAUUCGCGUCAAAAAUUGUGCAUUGAACGAAGCAAAAUUCGUUCAUUCGAUUGCUACGAAAUUAAGUUAAUUACGAAAAAAAAAACAUUGUUUACGAAUUAAGAAAUAUGUACAUUGAAUGUAAUAUUUAUUGUAAGGCAAUAUUGUCUUUGAUAUUUAAAUGUUGGCAUUCGUGAAGAGGCUGGAACAAAGUAUACUCACUGUUUAUUAUUGUAAGAAAAGUCAAGUAAGAAUUAGACGAACACGACGAGAGAUAAAUUUCGAGAAACGCACAUGCACCUUCGCCCGAUUACAAUCGUCGUCGCGUUUCGUUUUUUCUGUUUGUUUUUUUCGACGAAAGUUGAAAUCUAUUAUCGCUCAUUUAAAUAGCAAUCAUAAAAAAUGUCAACGGCUUAAACAGAAACACCCCAGGUAUUUUAUUUUAUUACGCUGCUGAGAGGUGAAAAAAGAGAAUUCAUAUAAUUUGUCAAAAAAUCGAAUGCCCACGACUUACAAAGAAAAUAAUGCCAUGGCCUAUUACAAUAUAGUAUUUAAAUCAUAAAUUCGUUAAGAAUUAACAUUGAUAAAAAAAUGCGUGUAUACAGAAUAUAACUAUAUAUUAUAUUGAAAAAUAAUUGAAAAUAUGAAUAACGUUCAUACGAAUAAUGUGUAACGCACGUACAAGCCAAAUUCGAACGCCACUACGACGUUAAAGAAUUUCUAUAGUUUUUUUUCUCUUCCAUUUUAAACUGUAAGAAAGAUCAUGACAUUUUUAAGAGCGUCGGAGAGCCAAAUGUUAUCGAAAAUCGUAAAAAUCGUCCUCCAUUCUUAACGCCUAAGAGUAAAAGAAUUUUGGUUUUUUAUUCAUAUAUGUUGAUUUUUGGCGCAAUUUACAAGAAAAAUUAUGUCAGGUGCGACCUUUUCCUUGUGCGACAAUAAUAGCUUCAGCAUUAAUACUAUCGAUAAAGUACGAUCGAGAUUCCGUACCGUGAAGCCUCAGCAACGAAACGGCGAAGACAAAUGAAAUGAUAUUCUAUAGAAUAAUUAUUUGAGCAUGAUAACGAUCGGAAGAGUUCGUGUCGACUCGUCGAUCGACCGGAAACUGAAAAGUUGGUAAAAUGUUCUGAAUCGAUACACAAACAAAUCGUCUUCUUUGCUUACUCGUAAGAACGAACGUACCCGAUUUUAUAGCAUAAUGAAAAUAAUGUUUUGAAACAACCUGUCAUUCUAAUUAAUAUUUGUAUGAAUUUUGUUCAAAAUCGUAUUUUACCAAUUAUUGAUAAUUGUAAAAUAACAGAAAAGAGGUACAAGCGUGCAAACGUGAUUCUCGGCACAUUAUUAUACAACAUAAGAAUUCUAAUAUCGGUACACUAUUGCCCCUAAUAACAGAAUUACUUGAACGAUACACGAUCCACGUUUUAUUUCAAAAACAGUCACGAACCGUUGGCCGAACUUCCAAAUGAUAAAAGUUUUCUCCCGUUCUCAUUCCCGAGUCGAAUGAACGUGUAAAUUGUAGAGUCAAUCUUCUACCAUCCAAUUGGAUUUCGGUUGAUUUUUGCGAUUUAUGGAGUUUGUUGUACGAUGUGAAUUUUUCAAGAAGUCGAAAAAUCGAAAUUGUGUGCAAAUAACGUGUGUAAUUAAUUCUAUCAAUCUCAGUAUUGAAAUGUCGUAAAUUCCUGUUUGUUCGAUGUCGAAUGAAAAAAAAAAAAAAAAAAAAAAUGUUUGAAAAAUUCCAAUAUGGUGUGAUACGUAAAAAAAAAACAACCGUACGAAAUUGAUGUUAAAUAUGGAAGUGCAUUACGAAAAAAUAUUUGUUUUAAUUUUGUAGUUGUAUGAUAAGAUUCGUUUAUCAUUCGAGAACAAUUACAAUGAUCAAAGUCUCAGUAGUAGAUAAAUUCGAAAAAUUAAAUAUUCAUUUAAAACAAGAAACUUAUAUUGAUCAACGCGAUAAAUUUUGGAAGAAUUUCAUUAAUUCUUCAAUUCUGCUCACAGCCUCUAAGGAUUGACUCCUGGCGAAUAAAUAAUAAAAAAAAAAUAACAUUAACAACAAUAGACUGCGACAUAGUACGGCUUGCUCACUCGAUUAGGGAGUUUAAGCAGUGAACAAGAAGAAUAUAAAAUUGAAUUAAAAAUGAGAAAGCACGGAAACGUGUAAAAAAAAUGGAAAAAAAAUUUGUGCCAUGCAGAUCGAUGAAUUAAAUUUUGUACAUUGCCGUCCAGGAGUUGCGAUGGAAAAAAAAAAAAAUUACCAUAAAAUUUAAUAAAUUCACUAUAAGUAC